AUGCUACUUUUAAGAAAGCCGGUGAAAUUAUGUCCUGGAUUAUUCAUUAGAUACAAUCAUACAACUUAUAAACCAAUUGGAAAAGUCACAGUGACAAAUUUAUUGAUUACAGUUGAUAAACCCGGUAAAAAGACAGAUGUCACAUUAUUUGACAAAAAGGAAAAAACUAUAAUUCUAGAUCCCAUUGUUCCUACUAAUGGUAAUAUUAAACUCAUUCGAAAUGAGUUACAAUACCAGAAUGAUACUGUAGCACCUGUACGAUUGCCUGAGUCUUUGCAAUACGUUCGGACUUUAAUGGAUCAUUAUAAAGACCAUGUUGUGUUAACACAGGUAGGAUCCUUUUAUGAAUUAUAUUUUGAGCAUGCAACAAAAUAUGCACCAGAUUUAAAUAUUACCUUAACAAGUAAGCAGUAUAAAUUCGGAAGGAUUGCAUUUGCUGGUUUUCCAGUGAAUCAACUAGGGAGAUAUUUAAAAAUACUUGUAAAUCAACAUGGAUAUAGUGUCACAAUUGCAGAACAAUAUAAAGACGAGGGGAUUUCCGAUAACGAAACAAACAAAAUUCGUAGAAAAGUGGCACGAAUUGUUACACCGGGAACCUUUAUUGAUGAAGCAUUUGAACAUUUUAAUGAAAAUACGUAUCUUUUAAAUAUUGAAUUACCUGAGAAUUGUACUACUAAACUAUCAGAUCCUAAUAUGAAAGUUGGUUUAUGUUGGUGUGAUAUUACUACUGGAGAAUUAUAUACUCAAGAAGUCAUUUUAGAAGAAUUAACAACAGUAAUAUCUCGUAUUAAACCAAAGGAGAUCUUAUUGGAUGACUCAUUUGAGGUAGCUUCUCUUGAAUCUGGAAAAUGGUUUUCUCCCCUUGUAGAAUUAAAAAAAUACUUUUUAAAAUAUCAAAAAACUCCUAGUCAGCAUUUUAAAAUAUCAGAUUUUUAUAAGCUAUUUACUGACAAGAAAAAUGAAAAACAAUUAGAUAUAUAUUUUGAAACAUUUAGCCAAAAGGAAAUUGCAUCUUUGAAAAAUAUAUUAAUAUAUGUUCAAGAACAUUUACCGGAUAUCUCCAUAAAUUUUCAGUUGCCAGAGAAGCAACUUUUAAAUUCUAUGAUGCAAAUUGAUUCUAGAACUAUGAAUUCCUUGGAAGUACAUUCCACUAUGAGAACUAAUAGUAGAAAGGGUUCUUUACUAUCGACAGUAAAACGAGUAGUGACACCUGCUGGUAGCCGUCUUUUAACUAUGUGGUUAUCAGGGCCAUCUCUUGAUUUAAAAGAAAUUAAGAAAAGACAAAAGAUUGUCACUUAUUUUUUAGGAAAUAACCAUAUUCAAAAUAUGAUUAUAAGUCAAUUAAAAGAUAUUCAAGAUUUAUUCCGUAUAAUCCAAAAAUUUAGUUUUGGACAAGGUGGGGCUGAAGAGUUAAUCCAAGUGGCACAAUCUUUAAAAUCUUCAAAUCAAAUUGCCAUGCUUUUGAAAGAUUGUGAUUGUAAUCAAAUGACCCGUAAAUUACUUGAUGAAAUCAUUGAAAAUUUGAUAUUUGAUAAUCUUCUUAUAGAAGAAAUCUUGAAAGGUAUAUUGCCAACAGUUGAUAUUCCUACUUUUGUUGAUGAAAAUAUAAAUACAGCUUCUGAGAAUACUGAUAAUAAUAAUAAAAUCAAUUAUAAUAAAUCAAAUUUUCUACUUGAUCCUAAUUAUAGUCCUAUUUUAGAAAAAUUGUAUAAAGAAUAUGAAAUUUUACAAAAAGGGAAAGAUAAUUUAUUAAGUAAAUAUGAAGAUAUUUUACUCAAAGAAUAUAAUGCUAAAAGUGUUGAAUUAAAGCAAAAACAGACCAAUGAAUAUGCAUUAUACGUUAGAUGUUCUCCAACAAAUUCUAAGCGAAUCAAUGAAUUUAUAAAGAGUGACCAAGGUAUUAUUGAUGGUGAACCAUUUAAGAUUCUACAAAACUUGUCACAAAAUAAAUGGUUAUCACAUAAAUCAUGGACUGAUUUAGCUUUAAAGAUUGAACUAUCUGCAUGGAAGAUUAGAAAUGAAGAAAAUGCUAUUAUUGACAGAUAUAAGAAACAAUUUGUAUCGAUGAGUAAGACUAUAAGACAAAUUGCAUAUAAUUUAUCGUAUUUGGAUGUUUUAGUGUCAUUUUCUGUUCUAGCAAAGGAGAAAGGGUUAGUUAAACCUAAACUUGAUAAGAGUAAUAAACUGGAGAUUAUUGGAGGAAGACACCUAAUGGUAGAAGAUGGAUUAUCUUCCAAGACGCUAACUAAUUUUGUAUCAAAUGAUUGUAAUUUAGAAAAGCAAAAUCUUUGGGUAAUAACUGGUCCUAAUAUGGGUGGUAAAUCGACAUUUUUAAGACAAAAUGCUAUUAUAGUCAUUUUAGCUCAAAUUGGCUGUUUUGUUCCUUGCACAAGUGCACAUAUUGGUAUAACAGAUAAAAUAUUUAGUAGAGUAGGUACUGCCGAUGAUUUGUAUAAUGAAAUGAGUACGUUUAUGGUAGAGAUGAUUGAAACAUCCUUUAUUUUAAAAGGCGCUACACCAAAUUCCUUGGCCAUUUUGGAUGAGAUUGGAAGAGGUACCAGCGGUAAGGAAGGGGUCAGUAUUGCUUAUGCAACUAUAAAAUAUCUAAUAACGCAUAAUAAAUGUCGAACUUUAUUUGCAACUCAUUUUGGAGAAGAAUUAAAAGAGCUCCUCACAAAAGAAACUAGUAAAGACGUUAAAGACAAUGUCAAAUUCUUCAAGAGUUCUAUUUUAGAAAAUAAAAAUGGAACAUUUGUGUAUAAUCAUCGUUUGAAAGAAGGUAUAUGUAAAAGCUCAGAUGCUUUGAAAGUUGCUCAAGCAGCUGGGUUUCCCGAGCAAGCAAUCCAAGAAGCUAAAGAGUUGUUACAGCAAACUUAA